AUAUAUAGCGCGUGUCGACGUGCGUCAGAUUGUCGCACACUGAAUGUAUACUUAUAUAUAGACGCUAUAUUGCCAGAACAGUCCACGCAAACCGAAGCCACGAAAAAAAAAGAUCGGGCAAUGACACCACCGAAACUGUGGCCUUCGAAUAAUUAAAAUAUCAUUCUGCUGUCGUCACGUUUUUCUUUCUCCGAAGACCGAAUAAAACUUGUCAUCCCCUCGUAUGCUCUGGCCAGAGCUGAAUUCGAAUCGACGAUCGAUCAGCGCGCUUUUUUACCACGCGAGGCCAGUAGUGCGUGAUUAUUCAUAUAAAUUGCGCUUGCGAGUUGCGACGCGAAAUCCAGAGGCGCCACCGGUCGGAACUCCUUAUUGUCCAUUUUCGCUGGCUUGGCCGAUGCUACUACGACUGAGCUGUCACUGAGUCAGCUUUCUGCUCGUUUUUAACUCCCCCUCGAACGUCUCAUUAUUCCUAAUUCGACUUUGGGGCAAAAAAUGAGAAAACAUUGAGAUUUCGAGAAACAUCUUGGAAAGAGACUUGAGGAAGAAACGGCUCUGGGUGUAGUAGCUGCUUAACUAUGUCAUCGCCAAGCAGCACUAAAUUGCAGGAUGAUAUCAACAGCAUACCCUUGGCCGACGAUGAUCCUCAGGUCAUCAUCCCUGAAGAAGAAAAUAAUUCGGAUGCUAACGCCACCGCGGUGACCAACUCGCAAUCGAACGAUAUCAAUCGUGUACAAAGCAUGGAUUCUUUAAUGUCCAGUCUGACUAACAGCAGUUGUAGUCACAACAGUUUGAUGUAUGAUGUAGGGUGUCUUCUAGGUUUGGAUCCAGAUGUCAGUCCAGACGAGCAGCAAGAGAAAGCGAGACUUAUCGCUCAAGUUCUUGAGCUUCAAAAUACGUUAGAUGAUUUAUCUCAGAGAGUGGAUGGUGUUAAAGAGGAAAAUCUCAAACUCAAAAGUGAGAAUCAAGUGCUGGGUCAGUACAUUGAAAAUUUAAUGUCAGCCUCCAGUGUAUUCCAAUCUACAAGUCCUAAAAAUAAGAAGUAAUAUCAGUGUGUACUUGUUUGUUGAACAAGGAAACAGACACAAAAGAACAUUUGUUUUACUUUCAGUAUUUGUAUAAAAGCAAAUAUUUUUCCAAGUUGCAUUUGUACCUUAGCAUUUAUACCAAAGAUAAGUUUUUUGAGCACUAUAAUAGCUUCACAUGUAAAUAAUUUAUAUUGUUUAAUCAUAUGAAAACGAGUCAUAAUAUGACAUGUCACGUUUUUACGCUUAAAAUUUGUCAGAAUGUUGUGAUUGUGUUUUUUGCAAUAAGUCAGUAUUGCUAUGGUACGCCUAUGAAUAAAAACAAAGCAGUUUUCUGCUCAAAUUUCUAAUAGAAA